AUGCCCCAAAACAGCGGAUUGAGCCGAUACGAUCACCUCAAGGCUAUUUUUUCCAGAAAUUCUAGCCAACAACCUCAGGUCAAGGAGGAUACAACGUCUGAAACUACUCUGGUCCCACGAUGGACACAAGCAAAAAGCUACAAGAAGCGUCAGAUCCCGCAGAAUUAUAAUGCGGCCGAUAUGUGCUUCGGCUCCUGCUGCCGAAACUGA